ACGCGGCCACCGGCCCGGGGCUGGGUACUUCGUCGCGCGGCCGCUUUCCCCCGGCCGGGCCCCCGCCUUCGCGCGUUCCCCGGAGUGCCAGGCCCCCGGGGGGCGGGGAGGGAGCCGGGCCGGUGGGCGCCGGCCAGCGGCGCGCGGCGGGACCCACGGAGCCCAGCGACCCGCCGAGCCUGGAGCCGGGCCGGGGCGGGGGAGCCGGCUCCGGCCCGGGGCGCACUUCGCCGCUGAGCGGAGGGUGGCGGGGACCCCGUCCCGCACCGGAGCAGGGGACGGCCGCCGGCCCGCCCGCCUCCACGGCCCCGGGCAUCAUGCUGUCCAACGCACAGGGUCAAUCGCCGCCGGCGCCCUUCCCCGCCCCACCGCCACCGCCGCCGCCGCUGCCGCAGCCCCCUGCCCCAGCCGCGCCGCACCCCCCGGCCCAGCCGCCGCCGCCCCCUCAGCAGUUCCCGCAGUUCCACGUCAAGUCGACCCUGCAGAUCAAAAAGAACGCCAUUAUCGACGACUACAAGGUCACCAGCCAGGUCCUGGGGCUGGGCAUCAACGGGAAAGUUUUGCAGAUCUUCAACAAGAGGACGCAGGAGAAAUUCGCCCUGAAAAUGCUACAGGACUGCCCCAAGGCCCGCAGGGAGGUGGAGCUGCACUGGCGGGCGUCCCAGUGUCCUCACAUAGUGCGCAUCGUGGAUGUCUACGAGAACCUGUACGCUGGAAGGAAGUGCCUACUGAUUGUCAUGGAGUGUUUGGAUGGUGGAGAACUCUUCAGCCGAAUCCAGGACCGAGGAGACCAGGCAUUCACGGAAAGAGAAGCAUCAGAAAUCAUGAAGAGCAUUGGCGAGGCCAUCCAGUAUUUGCACUCAAUCAACAUUGCCCAUCGGGAUGUCAAGCCAGAAAAUCUCUUAUACACCUCUAAAAGACCCAAUGCUAUUCUGAAACUCACUGAUUUUGGCUUUGCCAAGGAAACCACCAGCCACAACUCUUUGACCACUCCUUGUUACACACCAUACUAUGUGGCUCCAGAAGUGCUGGGCCCAGAGAAGUAUGACAAGUCCUGUGACAUGUGGUCCUUGGGUGUCAUCAUGUAUAUCCUGUUGUGUGGGUAUCCCCCCUUUUAUUCCAACCAUGGCCUUGCAAUCUCUCCGGGCAUGAAGACCCGUAUCCGAAUGGGCCAGUAUGAAUUUCCCAACCCAGAGUGGUCAGAAGUAUCAGAGGAAGUGAAAAUGCUCAUCCGGAACCUGCUGAAAACAGAGCCCACUCAGAGAAUGACCAUCACGGAGUUCAUGAACCACCCCUGGAUCAUGCAAUCCACGAAGGUCCCACAGACCCCACUGCAUACCAGCCGGGUCCUGAAGGAAGACAAGGAGCGGUGGGAAGAUGUCAAGGAGGAGAUGACCAGUGCCUUGGCCACAAUGCGCGUCGACUAUGAGCAGAUCAAGAUAAAAAAGAUCGAAGAUGCAUCCAACCCUCUGCUUCUGAAGAGGCGGAAGAAAGCACGGGCCCUGGAGGCUGCAGCCCUUGCCCACUGAGCUGCUGUGCCUCCCGCCCUGGAGGACGAGCAAUAACUCUCUACAUGAAUAUAUUUUUUAAACGAAGAGACACAGACUGUCCACUUCCGCCUCCUCUCCUCCUCAGCUGCAUGGAGCCUGGAGCUGGGUCCAUAGCUGAAUUCUGCCUUUGGCUCUGGCCGUCCUGGAGCUGGAGGGCCUGGGAGACUGUGGAGAGAUGGGAGCAAGGUGCUCUCGAACCUGUGCUCAUUUUGCAAUAUUAUCAGUUAUUUGACUUGAGUUUUUAUGAAAUCUUUUAUUGUCCUUUACCCUGCCCCCCUUCCUUUCCACCGGACCCCUUUUCUCUGCUACUGCAAAGAUCUGGUUGGGAUAGAAACAGCUGCAGGGAAUGUCCCUGUGUUGUCCCACCUGCCCUGUUUCCCACUCUAGCCCGGAGCCCCAACUUGUUCAGGCAUUCUGGGAGCUCAAGGCCUCCUGGAUAGGGGUGUCUGGAGCACUUGGCCCUCACCAGUGCAUUGGACAGACAGGAGUGAGUGUGUGCAUGUGUGCACAUGCACGUGCCCAGACUUGUGCCAGGGACAGUGCAUUCAAUGGGCCUGGACUGGCAGGGCUCCAGAGCCUCUCCCUCCCUGUCCGUACUGAGCCUGCCUAAGUGCCUGGGACACUUGUCCAGAUCUGGAGCCAGGCUUGCUAAGACUGCCUGGUAGCUGGGUUCCAGGGGCCGAAAGGAGUGACUGGGCACUGGCACAGCCAUCAGGAAGACUGGACCCCUCAGGACCCCUUUCCCCUGUAGUGUAGUGCUGGUCCUUGGUCCUCAGAGGUGCUGAGCUUCUGAAGAGCCUCUGGACUUCUCCUUACCAUGAUCACCCAUGCUUGAUGAUUUCCUUGAGGUGUUAGCCAUUUCUCAGUGGGCGCCUCUUAGCUCACGCAGAUGAGCCUGGGCUGCUCAGGCUGUGAUGCUUUGGCAUUUGUGCUUCUCUCCCGGCUCAGGGCAGCAGCCAGCUCUUCCUUGUGGGUGAAGGCAGGACCAUUCUUUGUGACCCUUCCUUCCAUCUUCAUUGCGUGGCCUAGUGGAUGGGGGCAGUCUUCGCACCAAAGAUGUCCCGACUCUGCCCCUGUCCAUUAGUCAUUUUACUGUUCCCCAGCUCAGCCUGUGAGGAAAGGGGGCUCCCCGAGUAUUGAGGAGCAGUGUGGGAGAGUCCUCUGUGUUAUGUUCCCACAUUUGCCCUCCCUUCUGGGAGGAAGGGGGUGGCACCUCAGGGUUGGUGGUGAAGAGGCAUCUCGGUCCUUGGCCUGAGAACAGGGCCCUGGGUGCCUGCAGCACCUGCCUUGUCUGUGAUGGUGUGUCCAGCACUCAGACUGUUGUAAACUGUUUUGUAUGAGCAAAAUUGUCUUUACUAAAACAGAUUUAAUAGUUGAAA